UUGCACCGGCAGGCCUGCGAAGGCAGAGGGAAUCGGCUGAAUGCCCGGCCGGUGCGAGCGCUCCCGGCAGGCCCGGGAACCGAGCGUGGCGUGAGCUUUUUCGGCGGGCCGCUCAAUCUUUGCAGCGGCCGAUAUUUUUCGAAGGCCGUCGAAGCUGUGCGGAGACCGUUCUCUCACCCAUCUAAUUGUAACUUUCCCGUCGAUCUGCUGGGCCUCUCGGCUGCAUCAUGCCUUCCUUUGGUAUUCAUUAACUCAUGGUUUCGUUUCGUUGUUUCUUUUAAGAUGUGGAAACAUAUCAUUCUUCUGAGCUGUAAGGCAGGCGAAAUCCUUGCUCCCCGCAGCAGAGUAGGGCUUGCAAUCCUUUGUCGGAACUUAAGAACCAUGAAGAUAGAUUCUUCCGAAUUUCAGUCCCUUUUCACGCCAGGACUGAAGAGCAUUGCAGAAUUAUUUGAUAAAGAAAAUUAUGAACUAAGAAUAGCAGGAGGUGCUGUAAGAGAUUUACUCAGUGGAAUAAAACCACAAGAUGUUGACUUUGCCAGCACUGCAACUCCUGAUCAGAUGAAGGAAAUGUUCCAGGCCAUGGGUAUCCGUAUGAUCAACAACAGAGGAGAAAAACAUGGAACCAUCACUGCUAGGCUCAAUGAGGAGAACUUUGAAAUUACCACACUGAGAAUUGAUUUGCAUACUGAUGGGAGACAUGCAGAAGUGGAAUUCACAACUGACUGGGAAAAAGAUGCAGGAAGAAGAGAUCUCACAAUCAAUUCUAUGUUCCUAGGUUUGGAUGGCACUCUUUAUGAUUACUUCAGUGGUUACAAUGAUUUAAAGAACAAGAAGAUCCGUUUUGUAGGAGAAGCCAACCAGAGAAUAAAAGAAGAUUUUUUACGAAUUCUCCGCUACUUCCGAUUUUAUGGGAGGAUAGCUGAAAAGCCUGAUGACCAUGAUGCCCAAACUCUGGAAGCCAUCAAAGAAAAUGCCAAAGGUUUGGCUGGAAUAUCUGGCGAGAGGAUUUGGAUGGAAUUGAAAAAAAUUCUUGUUGGGAAAUAUGUAAAUCACCUCAUUCAUCUGAUGUAUGGACUUACAGUAACUGAUUAUAUAGGAUUACCUGUUAAUGGGAACUUACAGGAGUUUGGCACAGUCUGUAAAAAUGUUCAGAAUCUCUUUCCAAAACCAAUGACCAUUCUAACGUCACUGUUAAAGGUUCCGUGUGAUCUCUCAAAAUUGGAUUUAAGACUGAAACUAUCAAAAGAUGAAAAAAACCUUGGGCUAUUUCUAAUGAAGCACAGGAGAGACUUGACCAAAGCUUCUGAUACUACAAAGCCUCUUAAGCCAUACCAGGAUUUUGUUUUAGAUUCAAGGGAGGCUUCUGCAGCAUCCAGAAUCCAUGAACUUCUGAAGUACCAAGGAGAAGAACAACUUCUGAAAGAAAUGCAAGAGUGGUCUAUCCCUCCUUUUCCUGUAAGUGGCCAUGACUUAAGACAAAUGGGAAUCUCAUCAGGAAAAGACAUUGGGCCGCUCCUGCAACAGUUACGAGAACAGUGGAAAAAAAGUGAUUACCAAAUGGAUAAAGAAGAACUCUUAAGCUUUGUAAAGAAGGCAUGAAAACAAAGGGCGAUUAAACAAAACAAAUUUU